AACCGCCACCCACAAUUCACAUUAAAAUCUGUCUUCUUUUAUUGCUAAUAUAUUAAUUAAGCAGAACAAAGUUGAAUAAAUAGAAAAUUCCUUAAAGUCUAAGUUCUUGAAAAUAAAGGGACAUUCUCAUAUUCAUUUUCAUAUAGUAACUGUGACAGUGGGGUGGACUGAACCAAAAAAGUCAAGAUUUACCAGCUACUAUUUUGGUUAUAGGAUCUGGGGUCUGUUCACUCUUUUGCUAACACAAAUUUAAAGGGCUAAUUCAGUGACUCAAACCUUUGAAAGUUUCUUCAAGACAAAGAAUUAGUUUAUGUGAGUACAUUUGGCAAAUCUUAUUAGUUUAAAACAUUCAUUAUGUUUGUUGUUUUUUCAAGAUUUUAUGUCGAUAUCUGACUAAUUCUACGUGAAAUUUUAUGAUAUAGAAUAUAUCUCAAGAUAGUCUGAGAUCAGUUAUGUACAGAUCAUUUGUCACUUGUGAUAAUCCCAAAGGUGUUAUUGAAGGUAAGACAAUUAAAAAAUCCAAGAUUGACCCUCAAAAUAUGGAAGAUCAUAAAGUUGGAAAACAAAAGGAUUCUAAGGAUAUUGCAAAAGAUUUGUUGAAAGGAGCUCUUGAUUUACAAGAGUCAAUAGUUAUGCUGGGGAAAUUGCAAGAAGCUUCAGAAUAUUUGACAAAGUUGAGGAAAAUGGGAAUUGGAAGGACCAAAUCCGAACGCGUUGCAGAUCACAAGUACGAUAAGGUGGAGUUUGAGAAGCCAAGAUUUUCUGUUGAUGGUUCGCGGGAUUGUUAUGAUGAGUUAAGGGAAGCGAUAAGAGAUGGUCUUGCUAGACAAAAUUUGUUGCCGUCAUGUUCAGAGAAGGCUCGUAUCGAUAGAAGAAAAGUAGAGUUAUCUCCGGAUUUCCCCUCUACUAGCUUCACUAGCUCGAGUGAGUCAUCGAUAGAAAAGUCUCGUGUUGUUGAUGGGAAAAAAGUGGUUUUAUCACCUGAUUUCCCGUCCACUAGCUCAAGCCAAUGUUCCAUGGUUCAAUAUCAAGAGUUUGCCUCUUUUGACUCUUCUCCAGAAAAGACUCAAAAGGAGAAGCCGAAAGCGCCAAAUUUGAUUGCAAGACUAAUGGGACUUGAAGAGAUUCCCACAACACAGAAACAACUAGAGAAGGAUAAGGUUUUGAAGCAGAGAAGGCCUAUAUUUGAAAUAGAUUUGCCAAAGGCAAAGAAGCCGCCUGUCAUCGGUCAGAGGGCGGAUCCAAAACGGAGAACAUUGGAUGGAAUAAUUGAAACCAUGCAAUUCAAAGGCCUUUUGAGAAGCAAGUGUAUUGAGGGAUCUAAUAAUGUGAUCUCUCAUCAAACUAGUGUUUCUCAUUUCUUGAAAAGUUUUGCCGAUGAUGCUCCACCUAUUGUGAUCAUGAAGCCAAUGUACGCUCCAGAAAUGCAGGCACAAAAGUUUCCUUCAGACACUAAAGAGACAUUUGGAAAAUGGAACUCAAAGGAAGAGAAUUCACCUGUGAAUUUCACUAUUUACCGGAAAUUGCAGACACGGAAGGUUCAGAAGACUAACUUCAUCGACGAAAAAGGAUCCAAGGAGGGUGGUGUAGCGCCUUCACGUCAAAAGACUAAUGAAGUUGUCAUUAAUGGAAAACUGCCUUCUACAAAGAAUAGAGAUUCUUCUCCUGUAAAGAAUAAGCAACCAAAGAAAGAAGCGAUAGAAAAAAAGGUUGAGAGAACUCAACGAGCUGUUGGCGCGAAGAAAUCUGGAGAAAUGAAAAAUGCUGAUCUCAAUAACACUGCUAAAUUUCAGGAUCAAAGCAAGAAGACCACUGCUAAAGUGAGGAAACCUGAGCGAAAGCCGAAUACACCAGAUAAACUUGUUGCGCCGCCAAAUAGUACUAUCUCAAAGCGCGUCAAAUCCAUUGCAACUAAUAACUCCAGAAAUAGGAAGAAGAAUGUCAAAACUGAAAAGUCUAUCAAGAGUUCCUCCAUUGUUCCUAUGGUUGAGAUUAUGGAACACAAGGAUGACAACAACCAGAUUGUGCACGCAGUUGAUCGAGACAGUAAUAUAACCAUAACCAAGAUUACAUCCUCUGAAGAGAUUCCCUGUGAGGAAGUGACUGAAAUCUUUGAAAAUGUUGUCAUUGAUAAUCUUAAUACUGAUGAAAGUUUCGCAUCUGAGUCUACCGUGCCAUUUAUCCAGUGUGACCAUGACAUCCCCCUAAUGGAGCACACCAGCUAUCAAGUUUAUCUACAUUCAACUGAAAAGGAAGACCUUAAAUCUAGAGCGACUACACGACACAUACUGUUGAGCAACGAAUCAUUCCUCAGUCGAGCAGAGGAGCUUUUCGAUACUGAUGCAUGGGAACCAACAGUAUGGAAAACAAUUAGUGUCGACAAUGAAAUGGCGGAAAACACACUCUUAUUGGAUUGUGCCAAUGAAUUAUUAGAACAUAAAAGGUCUCAGUGUACCCUGGCAGUAUCGAAAAAUCCCAUUAAGACGCUGAAAAUUUCCAUCUCCUUUGACAAGUUGGUGAAUGAUAUAUGCGACAAGAUUGAAGUCUUGAGAAGUUACAAUAAGGUUGAUGGCAAUAACCUUUCAGUUGACACUCUUUAUGCUUUGCAUGAAAGAGAUAUAUGGUGCAAUGAAGUAGUUAGUACAACAUGGGAUCUUGGUUGGAGAAAUGGAUUUACUUUAGAUGAGGUUGAACAAGUAGUGACUGACAUUGAGAAGCAUCUUUUAACUGGAAUUAUCGACGAUGUACUUACUGAGUUCGUACUAUAGUGACUGUACAUAUUCAGGUUGACAUACACAACAACAACAUACCCAGUAUGAUCCCACAUGUGAGGUCUUGGGAGGGUGGGGUGUACGCAUACCUUACCGCUACCUUGUGUGAGGUAGAUAGGUUGUUUCCGAUAGACGCUCGGAUCAAGAAAAGCAGGUUGACAUACAUAAUGUGUAAAUAAUAAAUCUUUUACUUCAUGGGGUGUAUAGUAUUAAAAGCUGGUUUUUUGGAGUUACAGAAUAACACAAAGCUGAAUAGUUCUAAUAAUUUGUUGCUGAAUUGAUCUUCAGAGUUGUAAAUUUAUUGCUGAAAAAGGAAUAUAGUGAUGUCUUUCUAUACAUGAUUUAUUUGAUUGCA